UGUGUGUAAAUGUUAGUGGGAGGGAGCCAAUUACCCGCGGCGUACUGGGGGUUAGUAUUAAGAGAGACUCCUAGUUCAAAAUAUUCUAGCAUAAAUGGAUCUAAGAUCGUUCAAAAAUAUAAGCUUGAUCCUAGGCUUGAUCCAUUUCUAAAUGUUUCAAAAGUUAAACUAGAUUUAAUCAAUGAAAAGUUCUUAAAUGUUGAGAUAAUUGCAAUAACUUAACUAUUCAAUAAUAUCAUUUUGAGUAAGAAUCUGUUUUAUCUGAAAAUCUGUACAAAUCAGUACGGUGACCCAAAUAUCUGUCAUCUGUACGUACAGAUUCUGUACUCAGAUCUUUGCUGAAAAUCUGUACCAUGACAGAUAAAUCUGUACAUGUGGCAACGCUGGCCGGAGGGAGUAUAGCGUUGGUUUGUGUAUACAAUAUCACCCGCGGCGUUCUCUCUCGCUCUCUCGAGGGGUGGUUGUUUUGGAGCAACAUAGAGAGCGUUGUGUGUGAAAAUGUGGGUGGAAGAGUCCACCCAACCUAAAACAACAACAGUAAAAAUAACAACAACAAUAAAAGCAACUACAAUAACAACAAGCCGCCGCCGCCGUCGUCGGUCGUCUCUGCUUUGCUGAACUGAACGAGUGGAAGAACACAAAGUCAAGUGCAAGAAGAUAGAAAGGAAAAAGGAGUGAAUACGCUAAAAAAAGUGCAGAAUAAAGGAAAAGUACACACCGCUUUUUGGGGUUUUACAUAAAUACUUACGAAAAAGGAAAAGGCCCUGGAGGUGAGGGAAGAAGAAGUUGAAAAAGAAGAAAAGUGUGUCCCCUAGUGCUACGUAAAUAUUUCAGAACUUGAAGGGGUUUUGCUGGCCGUUUGUAUUUUGGGGAUUACGACGAGAUCGAAAUUAUUCCUGCAUAAAAGAAAGGGGUUGAGAGUUUUACAUUUUUUAAAUAGUGACACAACGAGAAAGGGCCGAAGGCCAAAGAGAGAUGUGCUAAAGCGGGGUAGGGGUGAAACGCGGCUCGUUGGUGUUCCGAGGGUGGGGAUGUGGUGGUCCACCGUACUGGCCGCCGUUGUCGUUGUUGCCUUUGACUGCGCUGCUGCUGUUGUCGUUCCUCGGCGCAACCCGCUGAGAGGUGGCCACCAUGAGGAGUGAUAGCUCGGAGCUUCUGCUCGAGCAACAAGAAGAACUUGCUCGCAAAAAGAAGCUACUAGAGCUUGCCGCGGCCAAAAAGGCGAAGAGUGGUCCCGCACCGAAGCGGACACUGCGCGAAAAUGCCAGCUUCUACACAACGUCCAGCCUGGCGUUCCUCUCGGUGACCGCCGGGGCGUCGAUACUGUUUCUCGUUCCUCUCUAUGUCGACCCGGCGAUCUCGACGCUGGUCGGCGACUUUGUCGAGCGACCGACGAUGUGCGUCACGACGCGGCGCGAAGACAUGACCGGCCUGUUCAACUGCUCGUGGAGCUCGUGCCGCGAGGGCUGCACCUCGGAUGUGUUCAAGUGUACUCAUAUCUAUGUGACGUUUAUCGACGAUCUGAACUUUACGUUCCCUUUCAACGCGACGCCCUCGGAGCUGUUCAAUCUGACCGACAUCGAGCGGUCCGACGAAGCGAUCCUGUUGGUGAACAUCAAGGGCUGCGGCUACCCGCCGACGGUCACGUGCAAAAACUUCACCGACAUGUACGGCUUCGAGGGCGCGGUCUUUCCCUGCUACUACUCCAAGCUGAACAAGACGGUCGUGAUGACGGCCUACAACCGGGAGGACCAGGUGCAGACGAUCGUGCACUUUUUCGUCAUCCCGUUCAUCGUCACGGUGAUAUCGUCGGUGUUGCUCUGCAUAAUGCACUGUGAUUGUAGGUGUAAGAAGGAACGGCGGAGGCGACACCGGCACCGCCGACCUAGGAUAGAGAAUCUCAGCGAUUCGUCGAUAUCGACCCGGGUGGACAUGCUGACGCCCGCGAUCGAAGUGUACAAGCCACCCCUCUGACACAAGGACGACACCCUGGAGAGCAACCUCGGCAAUCCGUCGACCAGUAGCGAUCUAUGACGAGGUGGCGGUUGCAUUGCGCUGUUGCUACUGCUGCUGCGGAAGCUGGCGAGGGUGGCAGCUUGCACGUAAGUCUGUUUUUUUUUUCUAACGACGACGCCAAGGCCAGUGUCCAUCGCAGGACGAUGAAGCUGGACGGUCACGACGACGAUGACGGAUGAGUCUCGUGGUGGCGUUACAGAACGAUAAAGUCCCGGUUUAAUGUGACUAGCGUGGAACAGCUUUUUUUGCUGUUGUCGACGACGAGACGAAAAAAAAACCGUGCAAACAACUGCACCAUCUAGACCACCCUCCAAUAGUGCACAUACCAAACGGUGGUGCAAAUCAAAACACGCCGGAAGCAGUCGUUAAAACCGGAAGAGCGUCGUCAUCGUCGUGUUGUGCAAGGCUGAACUGAUAGCAAAGAGAGAAAGCAACAGUCGCGAACAACAGCCAUAAAACAAACUGAAGAAACUGUCUCUUUUGGGUGUCAAAUUAAGCAGCAAAUCGAUCUAAUAGGAUUAAAACCAAUUACGUAGAGAAGAAUAGAGGAAACAAAAAAGUACUAUUAAAAAAUCAAGAAAAUUCUAUAUACACCGACAGAGCGGGUUGAGCGCGGACGAAGAACGUGGAGAAAUAAAUCCGUAGCAAAUAACGGUAACACUAAGAUAAAGAGGAAGAAGAA